CUUAGAAUCAUGCUAUUUCCUUGAGACCGGCAAAGUUCUCCACUGGGGACCCUGGGGAUUGUUGCCGCCUCUUUUCAGAUAAAGUCCUGCUACAAAUCAUAAAUAAAAAAUGUCUCCAGAAUCCAGGAAACUGCUGAAUAUUGUCAUCUUGGGUGUAGGCUUUAUGUUUAUGUUCACUGCCUUCCAGACAAGUGGUAAUGUGGCGCAAACUGUCAUCUCCAGCUUGAACAGCACAAGUUUCCAUGGAAGCGGUUAUACAAGCUUGGCCAUUAUAUACAGUGUGUUCUCUGCCUCCAAUCUCAUUGCGCCUUCUGUGAUUGCUGUUCUCGGGUGUCAGAUGUCUAUGUUCCUAAGUGGACUUUUGUACAGCGCCUACAUUGCUAUGUUUAUUCAGCCUUAUACCUGGUCUUUUUACACUUUAUCCGUUUUGAUUGGAAUUGCAGCUGCUGUGCUCUGGACUGCCCAAGGAUGCUGUCUGACCAUUAAUUCUGAUGAAAGGACCAUUGGAAGGCAUAGUGGCAUAUUUUGGGCUCUCUUGCAGUUCAGCAUGCUGUUUGGAAAUCUCUAUAUCUACCUGGCUUGGAAAGGAGAGAUAAACAUAUCUGAUACUGAUCGUAGGACAGUUUUUAUAGCUCUGACGGUGAUUAGCUUGGUCGGGUCAGUGCUGUUCUUUCUCAUCAGAACCCCAGAUUCUGACUCUGCACAAGAGGAUGAAGCCUCUGAUUCUGUAGCAGAUGCAGAAGGGAGCAUGUCUGCUCAAGGCUGUUUAUCAAAAGCUAUGGAUGCUUUCAGAAAGUCCCUGAAAUUGUCCAUUACGAAAGAAAUGCUCCUUUUAAGCAUACUGGUGGCGUACACAGGCCUAGAGCUGACAUUUUAUUCUGGUGUUUAUGGAACGUGCAUAGGCUCCAUGAACGUUUUUGGAACUGAUGCCAAGAGCCUUAUUGGUCUUUCAGGAAUAUUUGUUGGCCUGGGAGAAGUUUUGGGUGGGGGACUCUUUGGGUUGCUUGGAAAGAACAAUUACUUUGGUCGUAAUCCGGUGGUCAUCCUUGGAGUGGUGGUUCAUUUUCUGGCUUUCUAUAUGAUAUACCUCUAUAUGCCUAGCGAUGCCCCCAUUGCUUCUCGAAGUGGAACUGACCUCUCGGCAUUCAUAAAUCCCAGCAAAACCCUAGCACUGGCCUGCAGUUUUUUGCUGGGAUUGGGAGACAGCUGCUACAACACUCAGAUGCUGAGCAUUCUGGGAUCCCUCUACCCUGAUAACAGUGCCCCUGCCUUUGCAGUUUUCAAGUUUGUGCAGUCCGUGAGCGCAGCUGUGGCAUUUUUCUACAGUAACUACCUCCUUCUGCACUGGCAGCUGUUGAUCCUGGUGAUAUUUGGCUUCUUUGGCACUAUAUCUUUUUUCUUUGUUGAAUGGGGACUGACACAGAGAUCCCUGUAUAACAGCAUGUGAUGCUAACCAUGGCACUCCUGCCUGUAGUUGCUAGCAAACUUGGCUACCAGUUCUGUGCCACUUGCAAGGGAAAUCCGUGGCAAUAAGCUGUGACAUUUUUCUAUGCGGCACCCUUAACAUACCACAAUUUGACAGCUUUCACUGCGAGAAGAUGCUGUUGAAGACCCGCAAAGAUAACAGCUGACAAAAUGCCUGCCAACACAGCUACCAACCAGAUAAGAAACAUUUAGGGUUAGGGUUGUUAAUAAAAGGACUGGUCCAGGCCGUCUGGGCAAAAUAGUAUUUAAAGGGAUGCUCUUAGUAUGUGUGCUGCUGCAUUUUUUGUUUUAGGUUAAGCCAUUGUUUUAAAUCCGUUUUUGUUCAAAAAGGGAAUAAUUUUAUCAAGCACUGCAAUUGCACACUUUUCAUUAAUACAUACGGGUUGCUAAAGUCCGGCAUUUGCAGCUUCAUUCCAGGCCUACAAUUGAUUCAGGUGCCAAAGUAGUAGGUUAGUUCUACAAAACACUCCAGUUGCCAAAGUUGUUCGCUGCAUUGUUCUGUAGUGCUUGAUAAUGAGUCCCUGAUAUAUUACUGACUGUUUACUCUCAGGGCUGCAUAGAAACCAAUGCUUAGUUUGUUUUAGAAUUAAAUUUUAUGUUUGUGUGGGCAAUGUCCCCAUUCACUGAUGAGCCAGAAUAUGUGCCAACAAAGGGCAUCAUGGUUGCUGCUGCUCUAAAGACAGCAAAGGUUAUUGUAGUAUUAACAUUUGAAUAUAACAUAAUGAUUUCCAAUAACUAAAUUAUCUUUUCAUUGACAUUCCUUUUUUUCUGCUGCUUUAUUUUGAAUUAUUAACAUUAAUCAUCAUUUCAACCCUUCUGCUGUUAAGCGGUAAAAUAAUUACUCGACAAGUUGUCAGUAAAAGAGUAAAAAAAAAA